UCAAAAACCAUCAAACAACACUGAAAUAUUCGUACUGAUCAACUAUUAGGACUAUUUAUAACUAACUAACAAACAGUCUUUUUCAUUUUUAUAACAAUGCCUGAAAGGGAAGACUGAAGUUUUGCCAAAGGCUGUAUUAAAUUUCCGUUGAUAGAUCAAAUUAUAAAGUAAUACCCUAAACUUUAUCUAAACUAUAACGAAUUGAAAAACAGCCAACCACUUAGAGCCCCUGAAUGUCGCAAUAUUUCAUUUACCUUCAUGUGAAUCUUUUAUGAAUUGAAAAAAAUAACAACUGCCUUUUGAACCCCUGAAUGUCGCAAUAUUUCAUUUACCCUAUUCUUUACAACACAAUUCUUUUACGAAUAGAAAAACUGCAACUGCCUUUUGAAACGCUAAAACCGCAACAUGAGGAUUUCGAACACAAAAGUAGGCAUUUCGCUCCUGACAUGUCUUCUUGUGAUACUCUAUUACAAUAAUCGUAUAGAUCACUUCAUAUCUGGUAGCAGGAACCGUGUAACGAAUGAAGAUAAGCUAAAAUCAACGGAACUUAUUUUCAAGAAGGUGCUAAUAGCUGUUCCGAGUGUGCUCUCACGAGUAGAAGAGAGACGAGCCGUUCGUGAGUCGUGGGGAGAUUUCUCUUCAUGGCCUAACUGUGAAGUGAACCUCAAACUGGUGUUCUACGUCGGAAACCCGAAGGAUGAGGGGGAGAGAAAUAUUCUAAGGAACGAGCUGAGAGAAUUCGGAGACCUGGAACUGCUCAAUUUCACUGAAGGGUAUUACGGCCUAACCGAGAAAACAAAGCUGAUCAUACAAUCAGUAGCACACAAAGCUCAAUUAGACGAAAUAUCAUUCGACUACUUAAUCAAAACAGACGACGAUACCUUUGUUAAUAUUCCACUUAUUUGUGCUAACUUCGCUAAUUUCGGCCAAGCUAAUGUUUACGGCGGAAAUUGCCAUAUGAACAGUGUGCCUUACAGAAAAACGUCGAAAACUUACAAUCCGAAAUUUAUUGUUACUUCUGAAGAAUAUUCUAGAAACUCUUACCCGCCGCAUUGCGAGGGCGCUUUUUAUUACAUGUCGAAAGAUUUGGUAUCCAAGUUAAGCUCAGUAGGGUUCAAAAAUGGGCAGUAUUUGAAAUUUGAAGAUGUUUAUGUGGGAUUGGCUUUCGAAGCUGCGGGAGUUACUUUUCGUGAACUUGAAAAACGCAACUACAAUUAUUAUUUUCUCUUUUCAUUUCAAAAAACGUCUGGAUUUGAAAUUGGGUAUUCGACUUCAUUUCUCAAGUUCAUUUGGGCUUUUCAUCCAGUUAUCACGUUGAACAGACUGAAAGAAAUGCACCAAACGACCAUUUCAGUUCACACAAGACUUCGAAAAGAAGGCGUGAACAUUUUGAGUGAAGAUGAAGAUUUCAGCUCGAAAGUUCAACGGUGGUUGUUACGUAAACCAGAACCGAUUAGAUAUCAACCGAAAUAGCUCAGCAACAUACAAUCUAGCUUACUGCUUCAAAUAUGUGUCGAAUUCUUUAUUGUUUAAUUUCAUAAUAAUCACUGCUUUCCAUUUACUUAAAUGAAUUUCUAUUUCUGCAAAGCUAUCAAAAACCUGCAUUUAAACUGGCUGUCUGCUUUUUCGUCUUGAAAUCCAUAUCAUUGCUGCAAAUAUCUAUCCAAGUUAUUAACUUGUUUGUGCUUUAAAAAAUUGUUUGAUCUAUAAAUUUUAUACUUCGCCAACUGUAAACCUCCAAUUAUUGCCAAAU